AUGAAGUUUUAUUUCAUUUUCUGGGUCUUCAUGCAGGUACAUCCAAUGGAGAAAGAAAACCAAACCAGUGUCUCUGAAUUUCUGCUCCUGGGCUUCUCGGGUUGGCCAGGGCACCAGGUGCUUCUCUUCACACUCUUUCUGUGUCUCUAUUUAAUGGGGCUGUUUGGAAACUUCCUCAUCUUGCUGGCCAUUGCUUCCAACCAUCACCUCCACAUGCCCAUGUAUUUCUUCCUUGCCAAUCUAGCCUUGGUGGACCUCUGCCUUCCUUCAGCUACAGUCCCCCAGAUGCUACUAAACAUUCAAACCCAGUCUCAGUCCAUCUCCUACCCCAGAUGCCUGGCUCAGAUGUAUUUCUGUGUGAUGUUUGCCAACAUGGACAACUUCCUCCUCACAGUGAUGGCAUAUGACCGGUACGUGGCCAUCUGUCACCCUUUGCACUACUCCACCAUCAUGACUUGGCGCCUCUGCACCUCUCUGGUAGCCAUACCUUGGGUCAUUGCCACUUUGAACCCUCUCUUACACACUCUCAUGAUGGCCCGACUGCACUUCUGCUCUGAAAAUGUCAUCCACCAUUUCUUCUGUGACAUCAACUCUCUCCUCCCUCUCUCUUGUUCUGACACCAGUCUUAAUCAGUUGAUGGUUCUGUCUGUGGUGGGACUGAUCUUUGUGGUACCUUCAGUGUGCAUCUUGGCAUCUUAUGGUCGCAUUGCCUCCACCGUGAUGAAAAUUCCUUCUGCUCAAGGAAAACGCAAGGCUUUCUCCACCUGUGGAUCCCACCUCACCUUGGUUAUUCUUUUCUAUGGAGCCAUCACAGGGAUCUACAUGAGCCCUUCAUCAAACCAUUCAACUGAAAAAGACUCAGCUGCAUCCCUGAUUUUCAUGGUUGUAGCUCCUGUACUGAACCCCUUCAUUUACAGCUUAAGGAACAGUGAGUUGAAGGCAGCUUUAAAGAAGACUCUUGGCCAGAGCAGAAUCUUUUCCCAGUGA